CACACUCUGGAUCUUCUCUCUUGGAGUGCUGAGAAGAACUCAGCAAUGGCGCCAUAUCGGAGCCUGGCACUCCUGGUGGCGUUGUCUACCAUAUGUUGGGGAGGGAAAAUUCUGGUCUACCCAAUUGAUGGCAGCCACUGGCUGAACAUGAACAUUUUACUGGAGGCACUUCACGCUCAAGGCCACCAAAUCACAGUGCUGCGAACCUCCACCAGCUGGUACAUAUCGGAGAAGUCGCCCUACUACAGUUCUAUCACCAUCGCGCAGGAAGAGUCUACGAGUAUCUGGAAUCAGGACUACAUGACCGCCUUCUUGGAGAGGUCCAUUCAGAUCCAGAGGAACAGGGGCUCGCUGUGGGCCUUUGUGGAGUUCUACCGGAACAUCUAUAGCUUCUUAGGAUUGCACCACGUUUCCAUGGCCAAAAUGGUUGUCAGCAUAUUUGAGAAUCAAACUCUAACCAAGCAACUGAAAGAAAGCCAAUACGAUGUGUGCUUGAUGGACCCGGGCUUCCCAGGUGGGGUUUUGCUGGCUCAUUAUCUGGACCUCCCAACGGUCUUCAACGUGCGCUGGAUCCUUAACGGCGAGGCACACUUUGCUAUUGCGCCGUCUCCUCUUUCCUACAUACCCCAAGUCUUCUCCAAUUAUUCAGACAAGAUGGACUUCACCCAAAGGCUCAAAAACGUCAUCUAUCACGGCGCUAUGGUUUACAUGCACCACUUUGUGUCCGAUCCGCCUUACCGCGCCUUGUGCGAGCGAUAUUUCGGCGGCGAUGUCAGCGUCAUGUCUCUCAUGCAGGGCGCCGAUCUUUGGCUGAUGAGGGUGGACUUUACCUUCGAGCUCCCUCGUCCCACCAUGCCCAACGUGGUCUACAUCGGAGGGUUUCAGGGGAAGCCCUCGAAGCCUCUCCCGGCGGAUUUGGAGGAAUUUAUGCAGAGUUCCGGGGAACACGGAGUGGUGGUCAUGACUUUAGGAACACUGCUGGGCGACCUCGGACCGGAGAUCUCCCAGAUCAUCGCUUCUGCUUUCGCUCGGAUUCCUCAAAAAGUCGUGUGGAGACAUAUUGGGAAGAGACCCGACACUCUGGGGAACAACACUCUAUUAGUGGACUGGUUGCCCCAGAAUGAUCUCCUAGGUUAUCCCAAGACUAAAGUCUUUGUAACACACGGAGGCACUAAUGGCAUAUACGAGGCAAUCUACCACGGAGUCCCCAUUUUGGGGAUUCCGCUCCUUUUUGACCAGUAUGACAACAUGGUAAAAGUAAAAGUUCGCGGCGGUGGUGAGUUUGUAGAUGUGACGGCGCUCGACGUGGAAUCUUUCACCGCUUCCCUCAGAAACAUUCUGGAUCCCAGGAAGUCCUACAAGCAGGACAUGAUGAAACUUUCCCAGCUUCACCACGACAAACCCAUGAAACCCAUGGACACCGCUAUCUUUUGGGUAGAGUACGUCAUGAGGCAUAGAGGUGCGCCACAUUUGCGCACAGAGUCGUAUAAGUUGCCAUGGUACGCCUAUCACUCCCUGGAUGUUAUUGCCUUCCUUGCAAUUUUCAGUUGUCUGGUCGUCGCCUUCAUUUGGCUUUCCUUUAAAAUUCUCUGUAGGCACUUGAUGAAAGCUAAGAGUUACGUAUUCAAAUCUAAGAUUGAAUAGAAUGAAAAACAGUUGAAAUUCGGUCUUCUGCUUCCAGUUUGUAUGAUUUUACUCAUACUUAUUCAAAAUAUGGUAGAUUACAGGUGUCGAACUCAUGCAUUGCAAUUAGCUCUCACGUGGGCCAGACCAGUAUAUUUUUGGCCAAAUACAUUAACUCGGGGUUGUCUACUGUCUUCGCCGAUCGGCAAUCCUGUGAUGCUUCUCUAAUUUGUGUAAUUAUCAGCACCUGUUACUUGCCUGGUGGCAAUAAGUAAAUAACACUUGAUAUACUGUAGAACACCUGUGGAGAGACCUGAAAAUGGCAGUUUGGAAAAGGCACCCUUCAAAUCUCAGAGACCUGGAGCAGUUGGCUAAUGAAGAAUGGUCUAAAAUUCCAGCAGAGCAUCGUAAGAAUCUCAUCAAUGGAUUCCAGAAGCGGUUGUUCGCAGUUAUUUAGUCUAAAGGUUGUGCUACAAAGUAUUA